GUGUCAAAAUUUAUUUGUUAUUGUAUGUUUUUUUUUGUGAUAUUAAAAUUGUGUAACAAGUGUUUUUUCGCAACCAAAAUAUUUUUUCUAAGUUAAUUAUUACUGUGGGGAAAUCAAACUUAAUCAAGCACUAUUUUCCAGCUUAGUAUUAAAUAUCACGAGAAUGACUAUGUAUUCAGCAUCGAGGAUCUUUAGAGUUAUGGGGCAAACCCUUUCUGAGCCUGUGACAGAGAAGCAGUCAGCAACAUGUCAAGAUUCAAGGUUCUUGGUCGGAUCAUCAUGCAUGCAAGGCUGGCGAGUGUCCAUGGAUGACUCACACACACAUAUACUGUCACUACCUGAUGAUCCGGGCACUGCAUUUUUUGCAGUCUACGAUGGUCAUGGAGGUUCAAACAUAGCAGAACAUGCUGGGAAACAUUUACAUAAGUAUAUAACAGCACGACCCGAGUACCACCUUGGUAACAUUGAAGAGGCAUUGAAACAGGGUUUUCUAGAUCUAGAUCGAGCAAUGCUAGAAGAAGAUAUGUUGCAAGAAAAGGUUGCAGGCAGUACAGCAGUGGUGGUGCUUAUCAAGGACAACACAUUGUACUGCGCUAAUGUAGGCGACUCCAGAGCCGUGGCUAGUGUCAGGGGUGUGGUGGAGACACUGUCAUAUGACCACAAGCCCAACAACGAAGAGGAGCUACGUAGGAUCAUAGCUGGUGGUGGUUGGGUCCAGUUGAAUCGUGUGAAUGGUAAUCUCGCAUUGUCUCGAGCCUUGGGAGACUACGUGUUCAAGAGGAAUUAUAGAUUAUCCCCUCAAGAGCAGAUUGUUACUGCUUAUCCCGACGUGCAAGUGCGUCAUGUAAACGAAGACUGGGAGUUUAUCGUCAUAGCCUGUGACGGUAUUUGGGAAGUUCUCACUAAUGAGGAGGUGAUAUCUUUUUGUCGAGUUCGAUUGCUGAGCGGCUGGGAGCCGGCCGCGGUCUGCGAGGCGUUAAUGCAGCGAUGUUUAGCGCCGAACUGCGCGACGGGCGGCCUCGGCUGCGACAACAUGACCGUGGUCAUUGUCUGUCUGUCGCCGUUCCCGAGGGGGGCGCCACAUUGUCCGUAUCAGUACUUGGACACGUCGCUACAAGCGACACCUGCAAGCUAUUGGAGCUUCACCCCGUCCCGGCGAUUCUCUUAAUGAUACAAUUGCACGAAAUAAAUAUCUAGACUAAACACAAAAUGAUUGUACUAUGUACUUUGAUAUAAAAAAAAUCGCCUAAAUGAAAACCAAGAUUUAACUGUACAGACCUAUGUCUUGACUGUGAUACUUUUUUUUAAACAAAUAAUAAUUUAAGGAAAAAGAAAAAAAAAAUAUAUUGCUACUUCAAAACUCGCAGAGCACACAAUCAUUGGCGAAUAUUUAAUAAAUAAAAAUUAAAUAAUACAAAAAAAUAUAUAUAAUAAAGAAAACAUGUACACAGUAUAACUAACAUUUUUGUGUUUAUGUCGCCACCUGCAUGCACAAGCUUAAUUUAACAUUUUUGUUUCUGUACUGUGAUUGUUUGUUAUUGUCAUUUGGUUGCUUUGUGGAAUAUAUAUAUAAGAAAAUUAUAUCGACGAUCCCCAAGAAUGAAGUCGCAUCUGCAAAUUUUAUGAUUUACGUACUACAUGGAGCUUGGAAGUUCGUUAUGAAAAGCAUGUUUUAAGAAUUUUGUUUUAAAUUUAAAGUCAAAUUUGAGAUUAAUUUAAUCGAUAUAACUACACAAAGUAUAGACGCAAUGUUUUCAUAUUUUUCUAUGUUCAUGCUGCAGAUUGAAUGCACAGAUACAAACAUUAAAUUUUGAAUCUUUUUCUUCAAAUGAUACUGUUAUUAAAAUGGAUUGUAAAUUGAAUAGACAAAGAACCCGUCCAGCUCCUAAAUUGUUUUAUUCAUUUUAUUCAAAUAAUUAAAAUAGUUUUUGGUUAAUUUUAUCAAAUCCAUAGUUCUUGGGUACCGUUACCUAUUUUUUAAGGUAAAUAAAAUACAGACAUUAAUUUUUAUAACUAUUAAAAUUAUCUGUUAUAGAAUAAUAAAAUUAAGCCGGUGAUGGCAACAUUCAUUAUUAGAAUCAACAAUAAUUUAUAAAAAGAUAGUGGGUUCGUACUUUCAUAACAUUAUUUUUGGGUGUUUAUACAUUUUUAAUAGUACAUUAAGAUGUUUAUUUGAAACUUUGUAAGACUGAGGAGUGCCAUGGGAAUGACGGUGUUGCCGUUAUGAAAUAUUAAAAAAAUAAGUACUCACCAUGAUUCCAUUGUGUCGUAUUAAUGAUAUAAAAAAAUAAAGUUGUGCUAUUCACAAAACGGUACUAGUGCAUGUUACUAUUUCCAUUGCAUGAUGUAUAACACUUUUAGCUUGCUAACUGUUUUUUUCGAUGCGCAAACUACAUCCAACAAAUGAGAAAAUAGAGGGGGAAUUUGAGGUGAAAAAUCUACAUAAUUUUUCAAAUUAAGUAUUCCAAAUUUUUUUUUGGAAUUAAUUUGGCUUUAAUUUGGAAUUAAUAAUAACUUAAAAACAGUCUAAAAAAUAGUCUAAUUCUUAUAAGAUCGACUAUAGCCAAACCUCGACCCUUCUGUUGCCGAACAAUAAAGAAUUCAUAACCUAAAUAUUGCUGUGAUCUCAACUCUUUAUACUAAUGUGAAUGUUACUGUAUACAAAAUUUCUUGAAUUUAAUUUCAGAAACAAUUACUAGUGUCUCGUUGAUUUGUUAAAAUGUAAUGCAAUUUAAAUUUAUUUUCAAUUAUUAUUCGUACAAUCUGAAAUGAUAUAAUAACAAAAACAUGCAGACAUUAUUUCAAGAGCACUCGUUAUUAACAGGUUAUUUACCAAACCAUUCUACCUGAUUUCGCCGCGAAACAACCAGGUGUUUUGGUUUGAAGGUUAAGACAUCCAACAGUUGUGUAAAUAGUAUUGAGAUUUUAAUGCUAAGUAAGCUAAAUCGUCAGCGGGUACAAGAACGUGGACUUACUUUACACGUUGAACGCCAUGCGGCCCACCGGUGGACCUAGCGUACUAUGCCAUUCGGGGCAAGCUAAAAUUAGGGAAUCGGUAAUUUUUAUCAACUUGAGAUUUUUUUUCUAAAAUUAAAAAAAUGCGAUAAUUUGCAAGGAAGAUAACAAUUUGUACUUUUGCCGUCUAAUUUUUAGGAUAUUUUAAAAGGUCUUUAAAUCUUGAUAAUAAUUAGAAAUUUCUGUUGGAUUUGAAAACUAAAGCUUUUGAUUCGGCUAAAGGGCCACGCGGCUCACCUCCAUACGCGAUUUGUUUGAUAGCUACAAUCUGUGGUUUAUAAUAGGAAGUGUUUACGUUGGAACCCUCACGCGGCUAACGGGUGACCCUCAUGGCCCGAAGGGUUCAGUAAGGUAAGGCUCACCGGUGAACACCGUGGCCUGAAUGAAAUUACUCGAUUUUUCAUGUGGCGUUCAACGUGUUAAAAAUACGCACUUAAAAAUUAUACUUAUUUGCGGUAAUUGAAUUAUUCACCUACCUACUCAACAUUAACAAAAUUAAUGUGUUUAUUCAUUUAAACAUUUACUCUUCAACACUAAUUAUAUAAAUGUAGCAUCAAUUUUAUAAUAAAAAUAUAAUGUCAGUUAUGGCUACUUUACAUGUUAAAUACACACUAUAUACAUAAUUUGUUUUCCCAAACGCGCCAAAAAACUAUAACCUAAAAGAUAAAUUAAAGUUUUUUUUUUUAUGAAUGGAAUAAAGAUUUUAGUGAUUCAAUUACUUUAAUAAUAACAUUUAAGUUAUUUUGUGUAAAGUUAUAUUCAAUUAAACAUUUUAAACCGAUUAAUGUUUGCAUGUUUUUGUUUUAAUGCACUAUAAAACUAUAAAAAUAAAGCUUACUUCUAGAAGAAUCAUGUAUGUAUUUAUACCUAAACUUUAAAAUAUUUUGUUUUUUUGAGUAAUUUGUUAUGUCCUGUUUAUUAAGUUCUAUGUUAAAUCUAUAUAUUGAAUGUGCAGAAUAGCUUUGAAUGUAAACAACUUAUGAUGAAUGAUUAAUUUUUUUUUUAGGUUUUUGUAUUAUCGCAUGCUUUUUUGUAUUUUUAUCGCAUGUAUUUUUUAUUUAUCAAUCACUAUUUAGUUAAAAAAGAAAAAUCUUUGAUAUAUUUUUUUUAAUAAAAAAUGACCACAUAAAAGAAAAGCUAUACAAAAUGACUUUGAGAUACGAAGAAUUAUUUUUUUCAUUAUGCUCAAAAUAUUUAAAUUAAUCGCCAUUUCCGGUUAAAAUGCAUUAAAAAACAGGUCCGUUGAUUGCUUGAACUAUGACAUCCUUUCUUUUUCUCGACGGAUUUCUAUUGGUAACAUGCGAUCAUUUGUAUCAUGAUUAUAUUAUUGACAGGAGAUGAUUAAAAAGCUUUACGGCUUAGUGUAAUGCUUAUUUUAAUCAUUUACCGAAAUCGGACGUUUAGCUACGUUUUUUACGUUUAGCUUUAUUUUUGUUACCAUAGUCUAUGAGAUUGUUGAACCUAGGCAGGAUAUUUUAAUGGUUCGUGAUGGGUUUUUUUUACAAUGAUAUGUUUUCAGUUACAGCACGGCUUUUGAUUUGUGACAUCACUAGGGUUUUUUUUGCUUAAUAAAAGGUUUCAAAUGCA